CGGUUCUUUUAAUGUUGUCUGAUAAAAUUUUGUAUGGAAAUACUUACCAAACAUGUUUUUCUAUGUUCAUGUUGAAGGCAAAAUUGAAAUGAUGUCAGAAUGCCAUAUGACAUCUAACCUUUGGUUAAAUCCAUUACCUCUCAUUCAAAUAUUUAGAAAAUAUGUUUACAAGGCUGUUUCAAAAAGAAUAGUCAACUCAUCAACCUGACAUGUUGUGACUUAUUUUGGUAGGCUGUAUACAUAGAUCAGGGCUCCCGGCCAAAAUCAAUGUAUGGCAGGCAAGCUGUUAAGUACAUGACAUCACAUUCAGUGGGUUUCAAUUAUACAAUGUUCAUUUGUAUGUAUUGGGACAUACCAUGACAUUCAAUAUAGAUCAUUUCAAAAUGUACCGGAAUUAUUUGAGAAAGACAAUGUUAGGAAGGUGUCAAUGGCCUUUAUAUAAUUAGCUAUUAUGUGUGGCUGUUGACUGGUGUUACUUUGUUAGUUUUGGAAAUGAAUCUUAAACCUUAAAAUAUGAAGAUCAUGUAGCCAAACUUGGCUGUAAAUUGUAAUUAUUUCAGCAGGUGUAGGCUAAAUAUUCUACAUUUGCAAGGUAGAGAAAACAAUGCUGCUAUAAUGAAAGUUAAAACGCCACUCAUUGAAAAUGUUUGACCAAAAAAGUAACACAUUUGUUAUGUCUGGAAUGUGUCGCAAUCUCAGAGCGAGGAUGCGCAGUCUGUCCACGUUACUAGGUAAGGGGAAAUGAGUAGGGGCGCGUGUCCGAAGCACGCUCCCUGUUGAAUUAUUGGGGCCACAGGCAUCUCCAAAAGACGAGAACGCGCCCUCUGUCUUCACUGCUUCCAUCUCCAACACAGCCGUUCCCUUCGUUCCCGGUGAUUGGAAGGGGGUGCCCGGACAACCAUUCAGUAGCGAAAGAGGGGCCAAAAAUGGAGGUGUGCGAGAGACUUUUGUGCCUAGCCGUGGUGUCCAGCAUUCUCUGUGUUGGCUCCGUUUUGGGGAAAUACGUUAGAGGUAUCGUCAAUACCAAGGAGGACUGGGUGUUCCUGACUCGCUUCUGUUUUCUCAGUGAUUUUGGACGUCUGGACUUCCGAUUCCGCUACAUAAAGUCGCGAUGUUGUCAGAACAUACUGCUAUACUUUGAUGACAGCUCUCAGUGGCCAGCUGUGUACAAGAGGCCAGACAAGGACUGCUACCAGAAAGAGGCGGUGCUGAGGCCAGAGAAUAACCAGGUCAUAAACCUGACAACGCGCUACACCUGGUCUGGCUGUGUGGUGGAGGGAGAGGGGGAUGAGGAGGUGCUGAGCUGUGUGGGAGGUCGUAGUUUCCGCUCGGUGAGGGAGCGAUGGUGGUAUAUCGCUCUCAGCAAGUGUGGGGGGGAGGGAUUGCAGCUAGAGUAUGAGAUGAAGCUCACCAACGGCCAGUCUUUCUGGACACAGCAUUUCUCUGCAGACGAGUUUGGGAUCCUGGAGACUGACAUCACAUUCUUAGUGAUCUUCUCCCUGGUCUUUAUCCUGUCUUGUUACUUUGCCUAUAAUCUGAAGGGAAGGCAACUUCUCCAUACGACAUAUAAGAUGUUCAUGACUGCGGCUGGUGUAGAGGUGCUCAGCCUGCUGUUCCACUGCAUCUACUGGGGCCUGUACGCUAGAGAUGGAGUGGGCAACGGCAGUCUCAAGAUAAUGGGGAAAUUAUUGUUCUCCGUCAGUUUCCUGGUGUUCCUGCUGAUGCUGAUUCUGCUGGGGAAAGGCUUCACUGUCACCAGGGCACGGAUCAGCCACAGUGGAUCUGUCAAGCUGUCCAUCUACAUGACAGUCUACACCAUCACCUACAUCAUCCUCUUCAUCUAUGAGGCAGAGUUCUUUGACCCAGGUGAGGUGCUGUAUGCAUAUGACAGCCCGGCAGGCUAUGGUUUGAUGGGUCUCCAGCUGCUGGCCUAUGUGUGGUUCUGCUAUGCUGUCCUGAUCUCCCUGAAACACUACCCUGAGAAGCAACCCUUCUACAUCCCCUUCUUCACUGCAUACACCCUCUGGUUUUUUGCAGUGCCUGUCAUGGCUCUGAUAGCAAACUUUGGCAUCCCUCGCUGGGCGCGGGAGAAGAUUGUCAACGGCAUCCAACUGGGCAUCCACCUCUAUGCUCACAUCGUAUUCCUUGCUAUCACACGGCCCUCUGCGGCCAAUAAGAACUUUCCCUACCAUGUACGGACGUCUCAGAUUGGAAUCCUGCUCUCCAGUCCCAAGGCAGGAGUGGCUGGGGAGAGUUUCCCUCACCAUGCCUACGGUAACAGCUCCUUCCUUGGUGACUCCCAGCCCAACUUCACAGAACUAUUCUCCAUCCAAUCGGGCCAACUGAAGACUGUGGAGGAGACGGUAGCUGGGAAAGGCCAGGAAGUGCAGAGGAACAGUGAGCAUAAGAUCAUCACCACCACGGCCGACCUGUCGUCACCCAACCCCGCCCCCCUCUCUCACCCUCUACCCCCCCUCCUCUCCACCCACUCCCCUCUUCCCCCUCCACGACUCCCCUCCCACUUCACUGAGUACUUCAGCAUGCAGGGGGGAGGGGGGUUGAGCACCAAGGCGUGAGACGGAGGAACAUGGACAGAGUGUGAAGGAGAGAGCGAGAGGAAGAUCCAGAGAGCACAGGACGCAUGAGGGGAAAAGAGGGAUGGAUGGAAAGAUGCAGAAAAGGAGAAGUCAUGAAAAGCAGUCAUGCGGAAUGGAGUCCUUAAACCUCCCAUUUUCUCCUCUGAAUGGUGAAAAUGGGAAUGAGAGAAAUAAAGGAGUGAAAAGGUGCUGAGCUUGUGAGUAAGCAAUAAAUAUUUGAACGUGACCAGGGAGAGAGGCAUGGGGAGGAUCAGACUAGCGUAUUGGGGAUGUGUGCUAAGAAUGCACAGUGGAAACUGUACAAAACUCUCACGAACACUUUUAUUUAAGAAUUUAUAAGGCAUCGAUGGAGGGGCCAAGGGAGAAGUGUACAUAGCUGAUGCAAAUGAGUCUUACCGUUAAUCUUAAAUAGUUGCAGAGUUUAUAUUAGAAAGGGGAAGCUUUUUUCACGUUGUUGAAUUCCUUGUGGUGCUGUGACCAUUGAAAUUCUCAUGCCAUUACAUUGUUCCAGUGUAAAUGCUUCACUCCUUUCCUAAAACAAUAUGUUUGAAUUAAUUUUUUGGUUUGACCAGUUUUUAUAUAAAAAAUGUUUAUCUAAUCUCUAUAUAGAAUAUAUUGGGAGGAUUUAUAUUCUUCUAUAUGUUGAUUGCACCGGGCUGUUCAAGAUGGCAGAUGUUUAAGUUAACAAUGUUCAGUUUACUGUGGACCCCUAAGGUACUUGUAAAACAAGCAUGUAUGUAUUGUACUCUGUAUCACCAAACAGAUAUACUCCAUGUGCUCAUACAGUGAGUGUGCUUGUUGUACCCCCCAAAACAAUAAUUGUGUAUAUUUCAUACAAUGUAGGCUACUGACGAGGUCCUAAUGUUUAUUAGAUCUUUACGCUACUGUAGCUGUGUCAUUAUCCACAGUCAGCUGUUUCAACUCCGAAUACAGUUCAGUUUUCACUGGAGUGCAAAAUAGAUGCUUGCUCUGAAAUGUAAUUACUUGAUGUAUGUAGACCUUGGUGAAUGUAUUAAUGCAAUAGAGCACAAGGACUGGGGUGGUUUUAAAAGUGAUUUUAUUUUCUACAUAUAAAUCUUACUUAUAGCUUGUUUUAUUUUCAAUUUCAGCCUCCAUCCUUGACACAUGAUUUAAGGAGGGAAGGUUGUCCACAGAGGAUAUGAAGUAACUUCACGAUCACAACCCGCCCCCUCCCUGUCCUGACUAGUAUGUAAUGAUAUUAUGCCAAAUCUGUACAUGUACAACCAUGUCCCUCAGUGAAGUUCUACAGUACAUCUGAUACUGUAUGAGGGGCUUGCUCAUUGUUGUUUAUCCACAAGUAAGGCUAUUAGUUCUUCCUGACCAUAUGACCUUCCCAGGGAAAACACCUUGCCCUGAUUACAAAGUGAAGGAAACCCUUUAGUGUUUUCUGUGAAAGUAUUAGCACCGCGUUUUGGUCUUUCCUGCAUGGAGCUCUUCAAAAUGAGGGCUUUUUAAUGGGACCAUACGUACCUACCCACAGACUACAUUAAGUCAUAUUCCGAUAUCAAGUAUCUGAAUUACCUGUUACCUGUAGAUAUGGUCUUAUUUAUAAAUGUCAUCAUUAUUAGGCAAUUUAAUACAUUUGAAACCUGUAUCCGAAUAACUGUGGUUUAGAUUCAAUCAUACUGACAUUUGCAUUGUGUUUGUUUUGUAGUGUGGUAGGUGGAUUUGCAUUACAGCUGUCAAAUUCACAAACAACUGAUUGUGUUACCUUAUUUUUGAAACAACCAUUGGAUCAUAAGUUAAUCAAUCACUUUUAUUUUAUUUGAAUCCCAUUUUACAUCAGCAGUAGUCACAAAGUGCUUAUAUAGAGACCCACCCUAAAACCCCAAAAAGCUAGCGAAAACAAGAAAUAUGCGCAGUGAUUGAGAAAAACUUCCUAGUAAGGCCAGAGCCUAGGAGGAAACCUAGAGAGGAACAGGACUUUGAUGGGAGCCAUAGAUAAGUGGGACAACCAGGUGGGCUGUGGGCAGUGACAGCAGGAGGCAUCAGGCAGAAGCCAGAAUCCAGAUGGACUCUAGUCCCCCUCACAUCAACUAUUGCAGCGUGAAAACUAGGGACUGAGAUUGUGGGCCAGGGGGUCCGCAGACACUGUGUGGCCCUGUUCAAAAGGGGUGGGGGGAUGGCGUAGUAGCUAAAGGCAUCCUCACCUGAGAUUGGGGCAGAGGGCAGUCCUCCCAGCUGUACGCAUAAACCCAGUCGUCCCAGUCUUGACCCCGUAGUUGACCUUCACACCCCGGGGCUAGACUACACUUGAUUAUAGACCCUACUAAAGACAUUAGUGUUCAGGAAAGACUGAAAGGUGCAGCUCUCACAUUAAUCAGCAGAACAUUCCAAAUGAAUGGACGUCUAUAGGAAAAAGCCCCGUCUUCAGGAGUUUGCUUAGACACUCCAGGUACAGUAAAGAGGCCUGUUUCUUAUAGGUACAUACAGAUACACUACUGUUCACAAGUUUGUGGUCACUUAGAAAUGUUUUUGCUUUCAAAAGAAAAGAAAAAAUAUCCAUGGACAAAACAGCAAAUUGAUCGGAAAUGUUGUAAAUGACUAUUGGAGCUGGAAACGGCUCAUUUUCAAUGGAAUAUCUCCAUAGGCGUACAGAGGCCCAUUAUCAGCAACCAUCAGUCCUGUGUUCCAAGGCAUGUUGCAUUUGCUAAUCAAAGUUUAUCAUUUUAAAAGGCUAUGUGAUCAUAAGAAAACCCUCUUGCAAUUAUGGUAGCACCGGUGAAAACCUGUGCUGAUUAAAGAAACAAUAAAACUGUCCAUCUUUUGACUAAUUGAGUAUCUUCAGCAUCAGCGUUUGUGAAGAAAAUGAAUUUUCUUCUGAAACUCGUCAGUCUAUUCUUGUUCUGAGUAAUGAAGGCUAAUAGCUUACCUUUCAAAAAGAAGGACAUUUCUAAGUGACCCGAAACUUUUGAACUGUAGUGUAAGAAUGGCCUGAACAUUUCAGAGAGAUAAGUAGGAGCACAUCCAUGUAAGGCAUUCUGGUUUACAGAAAAACAUUCAAAUCAGCCCUAGCAUUAACAGGAAGCCAGUGUACUGUAGGGGGGCUACUACUGGAGAGAUGUGAUCAAAUUUAUUGGUUCUAAUCAAGAUUCCAACAGCCAUAUUUGGCAUUUUUGGCACCUUUCUCUAAAGGUGCUCAGCAGUUUUUUGUCAUAUUUGAAUGACCUGCCCUUUUCCAAAUUUUUUAUGAUGCCACUGGUCCUAAACACUGGACUGCUUACGCUGUGCAGAACAGAACAGUCAUCCUUACUCAACACGCUUUUUUGUUUUGUCAGCACCAUUAGUUGGGGGCUCUGUUGUCAGGUGGUCCUUUUCCUCUUAGGUUAAAUUAUAUUGACAGCUACAAAAUUAACUAGCGACCAAAAACCUAAACACCAGAACCUCCGCUGCUCUUAUCCUAAGCAUCCCAGACUCGACAGGCUCUUGCUGCGUUACAUCUAAAAUCUUUCCACAAGACAAAACAACUGAAUUGAAGUGAUAGGCAAUUCACAUUAUUAUGCCCCUUCCUCUUGUUCUGGUUCCUGUUACAUGUGGUUUUCCUCCAUCUGGCCAUUCACAAAUUUACAAAAACCUAGUUUGAAAGGAAUUAAAUGUGACAACACGGCUUAAGAUGACAAUGUUGUUGGACAAAGAACAUCAGUGACUAAGAAACCAUACUAAAAAUUGUUGUGUUGAUAACGUUGGGACAUUUUCAUUCCACAAAGCUAACUAGCUAACCACACCAGAAAUUCCCUAUGCGAUGGCUAAUGCUAACUGUGUUUUGUAACCGAUUUGUCUGCUCCGCAGUUAUACCUCAAAAAAACCUGCGGAUGUUGUGGGCCAACAGUGGUAACCCCUUGAUCUGAUUGAGGCAUGCUUUCAUUCAAAUCUACAAUUUCAGUAUUAAUGAUAGUCUUUAAAAGGAGGUUAUUCUUAAGUUUGCCACAAAUGACUUUUUUCUUUUAAAGCAUGGACAUCAUGAAAGUACUCAAUCAAAAUGUUAAAUUAUAUGUAUUUAUUUUAAACUUGUAUGAAACCAACAUAAAACAUGAAUCUGUUUUAAUUUAAUAAUUUUCUAUUUAAAUCUGGAAAAAUGGAAGAUGGUGGUAAACUUACUCUUUAAGUUUAUGAUUAACCUAUUGUUGUGCUGUAGAAAAUGUCUGGAGUAGGCUUGGGUUAGUCUGAUGGGCACUGUACAUGUUAUGUACAUAAGAAAAGUCAAAGAUGUUUAAUCUGUAAAAAAAUGAAUAAUGGAAUUAGAGUACUAACAGUGUAAAAUAUGUUCUGGUGUUUUAAAGCUUUUGUCUCUGUAGGUGUUUAUAAUCGGCUCUAUGCCAAUACAAAUGUAUUGUUGUCCAUGGUUGCCGAUGCUAUUCUUGAAUGAACAGAUUAAUAUGACUAGCUGACUAGUUCCAUUCAUCCAGACUGUACAAUAAAACUGCAUGGUCCACUUAUCUAAUUACAAACACACAAGCGUUGGAGUGAAGGGGGAUGAGUGACCGAGGGUUUUGUAUGCACGACAACUUACAGCACAGCUUCCGGGUUACCCCAAGAGGUCUGGUUAUGAGCACAUCACUGAAGCACUGUUCAAGAUUAAUUCAUUUUAGUAGUGCCAAAUUAGGAUAUUCUGAAUAUGCUGUAAUACAUUGUGCCAAAUUAAAAUUGUUGGUUUUAUUAAA